AUGACCUCGCUCGCCCGCCCUACCACUCGGGCACUCGCCUACCCUACACAGCCUUACCUCUUAGCUGCCGCGACGAGAGCUGCUUCUCUUUCAACAGCUAGAAAGUUGGCCAUUUCCAACUAUCCUUCUCGACCUCAGGCAUCCCCCCCCACGUUAAAGUCUUCCCCGACUGCUUCGCUACAUGGAUCGAACAAAAAUUUAGCAACAUCUCGGAAUGCGUCCUCUUAUGUGGCCGGUGGCAGCAGCCUCGGUUCCUCAUCUUACUUUACCGCGCCUAGCCUUCCCGCCAAUACUAUCAUCCGAUUUGUGCCUCAGCAAACAGCGUGGGUUGUAGAACGUAUGGGGAAAUUUCACAGAAUUCUCGAACCUGGUCUAGCGAUAUUAAUCCCGAUCAUCGACAAGAUCAAGUACGUUAAGACGUUGAAAGAAGUCGCAAUCGGAAUUCCAUCUCAGUCAGCUAUUACAGCAGACAACGUUACUCUAGAACUCGACGGUGUUCUAUAUAUCCGUAUUUUCGAUGCCUACAAAGCUUCAUAUGGGGUUGAAGAUGCUGAAUACGCUAUCUCCCAGCUCGCACAAACGACUAUGCGUUCGGAAAUUGGCCAAUUGACCCUCGAUCACGUUCUAAAGGAACGUGCCAACCUUAAUACCAAUAUUACUAUGGCGAUUAACGAGGCCUCACAGGAUUGGGGCGUUAAAGUGCUAAGAUACGAAAUCAGAGAUAUACAUGCCCCCGAGGCUGUAUUGCACGCCAUGCACCGACAGGUUUCGGCGGAAAGAUCGAAGAGAGCAGAAAUAUUAGAGUCUGAAGGUCAGAGGCAGGCGGCCAUCAACAUUGCAGAGGGAAGGAAGCAGAGUGUUAUUCUCGCCUCCGAAGCCUUGAAGGCGGAGCAGAUCAACAGAGCAGCUGGUGAGGCCGAAGCUAUCCGAUUAAGAGCAGAGGCUACAGCGCUUGGGAUAGAAAAGGUUGCGGCUUCGAUCCAGGCCGGCGCGGAUAGCGCUCAAAACGCCAUCAGCUUGUCGGUUGCGGAGAAGUACGUCGACGCAUUCAGCAAGUUGGCCAAGGAGAGCAAUACUAUCAUCAUCCCAAGUCAGAUGGGAGAUGUUGGGGGGAUGAUCGCUGGCGCUAUGGGAAUCUACGGCAAAAUUUCGGAACAACAAUCCAGGAACCAGGUCAUCCUGGAUACGAGUGUUGUUGAGGAGAAUCUGAACCAAAAGUGGAGAGAGAACUACGAUAAGAAAAGGAAGGAGACAAGCUUCAAGGACGCCUUAUUAGAGGAAUUUGACUCCGCGAAGGAUAAAGAUAAGGAGAAGAAGAGAAAGUAA